AAAUCCUAUUGGUCCAAAUAAGUGUACCCCACUAAAACGUCGUCCCAUGUCAUAGAAAAACAAUAUCUGCUUGUUUUGCAGCGAGCUGCCGCUGCUCCUCUUUUCGCAUCCAACGCCCCUCUUUCCACUCUGACUGAGCUCCCAGCGGCGGCAAAGGCGGCCACGGUGGCGUAGAGAUGGUGGUGGCAUCUGGAACCAAUUCAUGAGCCAAAGAAAUGGCCAUCCGGAGGAGGAUGGCCAACAUUAUAUAUAUAAUAAGCGAGAAGAGGAUUUUCCAUCUCUUAAAGAGUGUAAUGACUAUUUGGAAGAAGUUGAGGAUAUGACUUACAACCUAAUUGAAGGAAUUGAUGUCGCUGCUAUUGAAGCUAAGAUUGCUAAGUACCAAGAAGAAAAUGCUGAACAAAUCAUCAAUGCCCGAGCACGUAAGGCUGAAGAACUAGCGGCAGCACUAAAGGCAAGCCAAAAUUUUGGUCAAGGUGAUCCAACUGAUGGGGGUGCUGGACCAAAUGCUCAAGGGAUCGAUGUCGGCAAUCAAGGGCAGUAUGCACCUACCUCCAUGCUCGGUGGUGUGCUUAUGCAACCACGUCCUACAGGUAUGGCUCCACAGCCUGUCCCCGUCGGAGCCCCAGCUGAUCCUCUGCAGGGCUAUGCAACCGACGACGAGGAGACCACGAAGCUAUGAGCUGGGAGAGGAGGCAGAGCUGGGGGAUGGACAACCAAAUCAAGCAAGAGGAGGGCACUCGAGGAAGCAUUCGGUAGCAUAUGGAUGCAGGAACCGUUCAGCAGCAUAAGGAUGUGAACUUGACCUGAAGAAGAGUUCAGUUUUCUUGUUAUCGGUUCAAGAUUGUUAUUGUGAUGUGAUACAGUUUGAUCUUGCUGAAUUUUAUCAGAAGUGAGAUUCAGAAUCAUCGCGAAUCCCUUCAAAUUGAUCCAACGGUGGUGAUGUUUGCUAAAGGAACACUUCUUUUUAAUUCAUAUGUAAUUCAUUGCUCAAAAUGUUGCCCACAUUCUUUUGUAAUAAAUUUAUGGAUUUGUUGA